CUUCUUCUUCCUUUUUCCGGAAAAUGUUUUUGCGAAAUGAGCCAAGAGCGCGAAGUUGCACCGUCGCCGCAAUAUACAAACUUCUUUGAGAGCCUGCUGGUUGAGGAAUUGGUGCUGGAACCCAACUACCUGAAGCUACACUACGGUAAGUGCGCAGUUAUUGGACGUCUCACCGUGUUGGCGGAAAGAUACCGGCUCGAAAACGUGCGUGUAAAGAGCUUGCCACGAGAGUGUUCUCUGCCCGGAGGCAUUCUUUCCGUGCUUCUUUUGGGCCUAGACAUCACCAAGGUUAGCAAAUUGAACCUGAUCAGCGGCUGCCAUUGCAUUGUGCGUGGCGAGGUGGUGCUGUGCUGUUUACAGUCCCCCAACAGCCCCACACUGACGUCCGGCGGUGUGUUCAAUCUCCUGCAGGGCAUGACCGAUGAUGAGGCUGCCUGCAAGCGUUACCUGGAAAAGCUGCAUCAGACUCACAUACCGGCCAUCGACGUGUGGUUCGCGCAUCCCAUCGACAGUUUCGAGCAGCUUAUAGACAGCAGGUUGCAGAUUAAGCAACUGAGUUUUCACGACAGCCGCCAGUGA